AUGUCCAAAAGACCUCAAAUUCACAUUUUUGUUGGAGCACCCAGUAUUCCUGGCCCCCUGGAGGUGUCAGUGCAAAGCAGUUCAGCACCUGCUGCUGAAAAAUGGAGGGAACUCCGCUGUUUGUGUGAUACUCAUAGUCUUUUUUCUGGAAAAGUAAAAGGUGCUGACCACUUCAUGUUUCAGGCAGAAAGCUCUGUGGUCACAGCAGUUCCUACAAGUGAUGACAGCUCUCAGCAGUUGGAACAGGGGAGAUUAAUGGUAGCAAAGGAAUAUUUGACAUCUCUUGUACCUGUGGCAGUAACUUGUACCAGCACACCUAAAAAGACCGAAAACUUAACUUACUCUGAAUGUCAAAUAUCUAAAGAUAGAUGCACACACGCAAAUGUAAACCAGACUGCAGAUCAACACUGUACAGAGAAAGUCACAGUGUCAGGUAGGCAAGAUAAACCAUCACAUGGCUGUUGUUCAAACCUUGCUGGAAGACAAGACGGUCGCUUUGAAGCUAACAACUCUGACAUUUCUGAUUUGGUUGCCAGUACUGAGCAGAUCAGCAUACAUCUAAGGUCUGUGGGACAAGGUGUUCAGUCAGAUCAUAGAUGUGAUCACCAUGAACAUUUAAGUCGAUAUCUUGAUAUGUUUUUCCCCCAAAAUCAAGAGUCAAAACCAAAAGAAGAACCAAGUGAUUGUUCAGACUUUGCAGUGUCAACAGAUACUGAAUUCCGUAGUAUAAUGACUUCAAGUCAGAUGGCUGUUUUUGCACGGGAUCACAGUGAGAUCCAGAGAAGAAUCAUGAAACUAUCAGAAAUGGAAGCAGGCAAAAAAACUGAAGAAAGGCCGUAUAAUCGCAUCCAAUCUAAUUCUGAUGUUGGAACAUGUCUUAAUCUAGAUGAAAACAAAUGUAAGGAAGAGUAUACAAGUUCCCUUGAACUUUUCAGUUCUGAAGGUGAGGAGAAAAAUGUUUGCUUUGGAGUCACAAAACAAGAAGGAAGUGAUCAGGAAGAUACAGGAAAGUCUAAAGAACUUAAUGUUCCUGCAGAGCAAUUUGUGAAUGAAAUCCAUAUUGAACUGUUGAGCUCAGGAAUAUUGUGCUCUCAGGUAGACAGCUCUCAUAAGAGUUCUUCUAAAAGAGCCCACAGAGGUGAAGGAUCCAUUCGUACUUGUCACUCAGUGUUUAAAGGACAGCUGAAAUCCAAGAGAGUUAAACUGAAUUCUUCUCCAGCUGGUCCUGGGAUGAGAGUGGAUCAAGAGAGGCUAACAGAGUUCAAAAAACUUCAGAAGAAGCUAUCACCCCUCAAGGAUUGCUGCUGCAAAAAUCAAAAGUACAAUGUUUUGGUCACAAUAGUACAUCCUUGUCAUAUCAAAGAAAUACAAGUGAAGACUAGACCAAAGUUUUCAUGUAAAGUUCCUGUAGCAACAGUUGUAGUUACGGACCAGUCAGAAGUUGAGAGGAAGGUGGUGCUGUGGCGUGGUGCUGCGUUUUGGUCACUCACAGUGUUUCCUGGGGAUAUUGCACUGCUUACAGAUGUAGUAAUGUAUGAGAACCUUUGGUGUGGAGAAAUUAUGCUGCAGUCUACAUUUACCAGUCAGUUACUGAAUCUGGGCAACUGUUUGGCGCUCAAUCCAGAAGAAUUUUAUCCUAUAGUGGAUAGUGGUGUUCUCCAUGGCCUACUGGCAUACAUGUCAUCGGAAUUUCCACACUUCGGAGACAUUCCACGAAGACCGGUUCAGAGACUGGAUAGUGUUCAGUAUAUGCAGCUAGACCAGCUCCAGCCAAAUAUGUUGGUUCACUCCAUUGUGAAAAUCAUCGACAUUGCUGUAUUAACAGAAUCUGUGUAUAGCUACAGAGGUGGCAACCAGAGAAAAAUUAUUCUAACAGUGGAACAGGAGAGAGAUCAACACUACAGGAUGGUGCUGUGGGGAGCAGGGGCUGCCUGGUGCCCUCAACUCCGAAGGAAAAAAGAUCACAUAUGGGACUUUAAAUACCUUCUGGUCCAACACAGUUCAGUCUCAGGUGCCUUUGAACUGCACACAACUCCAUGGUCAUCCUCGGAGUGCUUAUUUGAUGAUGACAAAAGGGCAGUUGAGUUUAAAGAGAAGUUUCAGGAAAGCAAAACAUCUCUCAUGCAGAUGACAAGACUCUCAGCACAUUUGGAGGAAAAGUGCUCAGGGGUAAUUCAAGUGAGAGCCCGGAUCUUGGAACUGAAGUUUAACAUUCCAAUGGGUCAGUGUAAGGAACUCUUCAUCUGUGCUGACACUUCACUGGAGUGUGUUUUGGCUUCUCUGCCUCUGAUGACAUAUUCAGGCUGUGCUAAAUGUGGUUUGGAACUACAGGCAGAUGAGAACAUGAUCUACAAGCAAUGUCUUAGAUGUUUGCCUUACAACAAAGUAAAAACGUUCUACAGACCUGCUUUGAUGACAGUAGAAGAUGGAGGAUAUGAGAUUUAUGUUCAUGUGGUGUCUGAGUUGAUGGAGAAAAUCUUCCUCAAUAUUCCUGCAGACUGGCUGAACAGAUUAGUAGUGCCCUCUUCAGAUAUAACCUACAGCGCAGUAGUAGCCGAUCUGUGUCACUUGCUGCUAGCAGAUACAGAGGCAUCCUACUUGUUGGAAAUUAGGAGCCAUUUUGUGCUAGAUGAAAACAGCUAUCCUCAGCAAAAGGAUUUCCAUCUGCUAAAUUUUCAUCUUGAUCUUUGA